AUCUUGGAAGUUAUGAGGGGAGGAGGGAAGAAAUAGUCCGACACAAUAACAGUUCCGAGUUAGAACCAGAGAGGUGAGAAUCUCAACUCCCAAGGAUUCUUUUGUUUCUAUUCGGAAAACAUGGUAAAACCCUAGAAAUCCAUAAAUUCUCAGUUUCUGAUUUCAACACCAACAAUACACCAUUGAAAACAUGGUAAAACCCUAGAAAUCCAAAAAUUCUCAGUUUCUGAUUUCAACACCAACAAUACACCAACAAUGGCUCACGGUGGAUAUGGAAAACGUAGGGUUUCAACACGAAGACCCGUUAGUCGUCGAUCGAAGGGAUUUGGAAUUGAGAAGAAACCUAAAUCAAUUUCCCUGAAGAAUCAAAUUCGAUCAAUUGAACGAAUUCUUCGUAAGAGCAUUUCACCUGAAGUGAGAGAAGUACAAGAAAAGAAAUUGGAAGAGCUUAAGAGACAACAGGAGAUUCAAACACGUUUGGCGGUAGAGCGCAGAAUGUUUUUGCGUGAUAGAAAGAUCAAAUUUUUGGAGAGAAGAAUGAUAGAGAGGAGAAUACGGCGGUUGGAGAGACAAUAUCACCGUACAUUAUCUAGUAAUAAUACACGAGAAGCAGAAAUUGCUUCGCAGCUUUCCAAAUUGAAGGAAGAUCUUGAAUAUGUUAGGUUCUUCCCAAAGACUGAGAAAUAUGUAUCGUUAUUUAUUGGAGGCGAUGAAGCAGAUAUGGUUGAUAGGAGGAACAGGUUGCGCGAGCAAAUUAAAGUUAACUUAAUUGCUGCCGCAGCUAGUGGGAAGGAUGUUGAAGAGACGGGUAGUGAGGAUGAUGGUCUUUUGGAUAUGAGUGACGAUGACUUUUUCUUAACUGGAAGCUCAAGCGAUGAAGCGGAUGCUGAUGAUGAAUGGACAGAUAAAAGUGCUAGAGAACAAGCAUCAAGUGCUUCUGGAAAAGCAGCAUCUGGAAUGUCUAGUGAUGAAAAGAAUCAGAGGCUGAUCUGUGCUCGAGUCCUAAUGCCUCCUCCUCGGCCAUCAAUAAAGUCAUUCAGAAAUGCAUGCAAUUCUAGAACAAGGUUUGGAGGAGGAGGUGCCUCAUCAAGUAUGGUGCCUUCCAUAGAAGAGGUUGAAUUAUCUAUAUCUGGCAACAUGUCACGUAGCUGGGAAGGCUCUUCCUCCAGAAAUGGGGGAGGAUCCUCAAAUGGGCAAACAAGUCAGAGUAGUAAUUUGAGUUCGAAUUCAGAUGCUCACAUGCCACGAAGGAAACGGAGACCAAAAAAGAAGAAUAAACUGAAGAAAAACUUGUCCGUUGCGGGAGGGGUAGCAUCACUAUUCGAGGAACUAUUUCUGGAAAAGGGAGUCGUUUUGUCAUCCUUGCGUUCGCAAUUGGUUGGUGUUGAUGAGCAUCACUAUUCGAGGAGCUAUUUUUGGAAAAGGGAGUCGUUUUGUCAUCCUUGCGUUCGCAAUUGGUUGGUGUUGAUGGUGGGUUUUUUGCCAUGGGAGAACAUCGCAAAAUUUUCAGUCCCCGUAUCGAAAAUAUAUAGUACGUAUGAUUUUGCAAAGAAUCUGGAUUGUAUAGAUUCGGUACCUGCUAAGUCCGCAAGCUAGAUUCUGGAAUGCUACUGGUGCUUGUCGUGCCUCCCAUACAUUAUCUGAUUAUACAU